AUGACAUCUGUGCAAGCCUACUACGAACAGACCGAGGUCUCCAACUGGCUCGAUGCCAUCUCUGGGGACAACGGAAGCAUCGACCCAAGGACACUCGAAGUCCAUCAGGUGGUCACCACCCACCGCAACACCCACCACAACACCCACCGCCAUGACCAAACAUCUCGGUCCGAACAACAGCCAUCUCCCCAGUCAUCCCGCCCUUCCUCCCCCGACCUACGAAGUCUAGGUCCACUAAAGCUGGAGCACGAGCCUCCAAUCAGGAGAGUCCUCACCAAGGCAUCUCUUCGUCAACUAUACGAUCGAAUCAACCAAUACGACCGACGGCGGACAUUCACCGAGUUCCGCAACGAAGAAGACGACUCAGUCUCGCUGGCCACGACCGCGACUGACUCGGAGUACGAAAAUUGUUUUCUCCCAUUCUGUGGAGCCUUACCAUCACCGUCCGAGGAAUAUUCUGCAGCCAGCUCUGCUUCCUCAUCACCUUCGCCCUCUCCGCCUACCAACCACGAGCCCCAGUGGUUGCCUCUUUUGGUUGCGCGAGUUGUAUCGAGUAAGACCCGUAAAGCAUAUCGGGCCUUGAAGAAGAAGUUGUCUCAGUGA